CAGAUUAGUUCAAGAUAAUUAAACUACUUGCGUUUCAUUCUCCACUUUCAAUUGCUUGGCUCCAAGUAUUAGAGCUCUGUUAUACGCAACCAGAAAGAAAGGGAAAAAAGGAGAACCGGCAAUAAAUUAUUGUACAGUACUAAGCAGAACCUGAAAAAACAGGGAAUUUGAGUAGACAGAAGGAUACAAUCUGCAAAAUUGAGUAUUAGAAGAAAGCAUGGAUAUUGGAUACCAAAGGGUUGGGAAUUACAGAAGAUCUACAGACUCAUUUUGGCUUCCACAUUACAUCAACAAGCCCUACGCAAGACAUUCUGUUCUUUUAUUGGUCUUCUUUCUCGUACUAGGUUCAUACAUGUGGACAACGAUUCUCGACACAACCACAGCCGUAAACAAAGUAUUGCAAAGUAGGACACGAGAAUUUCCACUCAACUGUUCAUCUAGUAACCUCACAAGAACAUGUCCAGUAAAUUACUACCCACCAGAUUACAAAAUCAUUAACAACAAACCUUCAUCGGCCAAUCCUAGAUGUCCACAUUACUUCCAUUGGAUACACGAAGAUUUAAAGCCGUGGAGGAAAACAGGAAUAACGAAAGAAAUGGUCGAAAGGGCCAACAGGACUGCCAAUUUCAGACUUGUAAUUUUGAAUGGACGGGCUUAUGUAGAAACAUAUGAGAAGGGGUUUCAAACUAGAGAUGUUUUUACAUUAUGGGGCAUUCUUCAGUUGUUACGAAGGUACCCUGGAAAAAUUCCUGAUCUUGAUUUAAUGUUUGAUUGUGUCGAUUGGCCGGUCAUAAGAUCAAGUGAUUUUACUGGAGAUAAUGCACCAGUUCCACCACCUUUGUUUCGAUAUUGUGGAGAUAGUGAAACGUUGGAUAUUGUUUUUCCUGAUUGGUCUUUUUGGGGAUGGGCUGAAAUCAAUAUAAAGCCAUGGCAAGACUUGUUAAAGGAUCUUGAAAAAGGGAGUAAGAAGCAGAAAUGGCAGGAUAGGGAACCGUAUGCUUACUGGAAAGGCAAUCCGGAAGUCGCUGAGAAGAGAAUGGAGCUCGUUAAGUGCAAUGUCUCUGAAAAUCAGGAGUGGAAUGCUCGCAUUUAUGUCCAGGAUUGGAAGAAAGAGAUAAAGCAAGGAUUCAAGAAUUCUGACUUAGGAAACCAAUGUCACCAUAGAUACAAAAUAUAUAUUGAAGGAUCUGCAUGGUCUGUUAGUGAGAAGUAUAUUCUUGCUUGUGACUCAGUUGCUUUGCUAGUAAAACCCCACUACUAUGAUUUCUUCUCGAGAAGUUUGAUGCCACUAGUCCACUACUGGCCCAUAAAUGAAAAUGACAAGUGUGGAUCCAUUAAGUUUGCAGUUGAUUGGGGCAAUAGCCACAACAAAAAGGCACAAAAAAUUGGUAGAACUGCAAGCAAUUUUAUUCAAGAAGAUUUGAAGAUGGAGGAUGUGUAUGAUUACAUGUUUCAUCUCUUAAAUGAAUAUGCUAAGCUGCUUAGAUACAAGCCAAGUGUGCCUGAAAAGGCAACUGAACUCUGCUCAGAAAUAAUGGCAUGCCAAGCAGAAGGUAUUGAGAAGAAACUAAUGAUGGAAUCGAUGGUUAAGGGACCUAUUGAUGAAAGUCCAUGUAAAAUGCGUAUACCCUUUAGUCAAUUGUCUCUUGAUUCUUUUAUGAAGAGAAAAGAAAGUUCUAUAGAACAAGUCCUUAAACUGGAGAAAGAGGAGCAAAAAGAAAAAACGUAGUUGUUAUUCUUUAGGUAGUCAAGAAGAUAGACAAGAAACUAGAUUGGUGCUAAAAUGACUUAGUACCCAUGUGAUUAGGUAAUUGUAAUGUCAGCCCGAAAAAUAUUACCUAUACCAUGAGCAAUCCAACUAAAUUGCAACGUGAAUUGAGUAUGUACUAUGUGGUAGAUAGAGUAAUUGAUGAUCACACGUUUCAAGUCA